AUGCCCUUUAAGCGUGAUAGUGGAGCUGCUUCUCGAGAUAAGCGUGACGAUGUGACCGAGGAGCCUCUGGAUAUGAAAACUCAAGUUGAACCUAAGCAUAUUGAUCUACCAGAUGACUUCCCUUUUGAGGUCAUCGACAAUCCUGGUGAUCAAUCCAUAACCCUCAAAAGAUAGUUUGCUGAGGAGACUAUUAAAGCUGGCUACACCAACUUUGAUACAGAGGAAGAUUUAAAUGAGGAUGACGAGAAUGACAAUGAUGAGGAAUCUUCCAAGCCAGCAAUUCAGAUGGUUGUCACUGUUCAGAAACCAGAAGGCCCAAUCUUGGAAUUUGACUGCAACUUCAAUGAUGAUGAACUAGCGAUUGAAAAUAUGAGGAUGCUGAACCGUGAUAAUCCUGAUGCUCAGAAUACGUACGAUGGACCACCAUUUUCGAUCUUGGAUGAGAGCUUGCAGAAGGCAUUGCACACGUACCUUGAGGUGAGGGGAAUCAAGCACGCACUGCAUGAAUGGCUGUACGAGUACAUGAUGCGCAAGGAUGAGAAGGAGUAUGUUGUUUGGUUGAAGAACAUGAAAGAGUUCAUCGGGAAUUGAGUGCCUCUGCUCUUUAAUUCAUUUUCAUUGUAAUAACAGGCCUGUUACUCAUCAAAUCUAAUACUCCUUUCAUAAUUGUGGAAGUAUACCUCGCAUGGCCAGUCAUUUGGUUAAACCAAAUCUGGCUAUCGUGCUGGUC